GGCUUCCUCAGUUUCAUUUCGGGGUUUUUUAGGGUUUUUACGCGCUGUGUAAAUUACCAUCCUCUUUCGCUCUCCGCAACGCCAUGACUGCUCAGACGCAGGAAGAGCUCCUCGCCGCUCAUUUAGAACAACAUAAGAUUGACCCUGACGAGCCUGUGGUUGAAGAUGAAGAUGAGGAUGAGGAUGAGGAUGAUGAUGAUGAUAAAGAUGAUGAUGAGGCUGAAGGCCAACAAGAUGGAGAUGGAAGUGGUAGGUCGAAGCAGAGCAGAAGUGAAAAGAAGAGUCGCAAGGCAAUGUUGAAGCUUGGAAUGAAACCCAUCCCAGGUGUCAGCCGCGUUACUGUCAAAAAGAGCAAGAAUAUUUUGUUUGUUAUCUCAAAACCGGAUGUCUUCAAAAGCCCUACAUCAGACACGUACGUUAUAUUUGGGGAGGCAAAGAUUGAGGACUUGAGUUCGCAAUUGCAGACUCAAGCUGCAGAACAAUUCAAGGCUCCUGAUCUCAGCAAUGUGAUAUCCAAGCCCGAGUCAUCAGCCAUGGCUCAGGAUGAUGAAGAGGUGGAUGAGACGGGGGUGGAGCCUAAGGAUAUUGAAUUGGUGAUGACGCAGGCUGGAGUUUCCAGGUCUAAAGCUGUGAAGGCUCUGAAGGCUACUGAUGGGGACAUAGUUUCUGCCAUCAUGGAGCUGACCAACUAAAAUUAUUCAGUUUGAUGUUGAUGUUAUUUCAUGGAGAUGUUUAAGCAGUUUUUGUUUGUGCCUUUUGGAGCAUGUGUGCUUUUAGUUGAGAAUUUGUUGCCAUGGCUCAUUUUUUUCUUUCAUAAUUCUUACUUUAUAUGUUGUAAUAGUAAGAGACUCGAGGAACACACCUGGGCAUGAUAAUCAAAACCUAUGUUUACUCGGUUCUGCUUUAA